GAAGUGUGGUGAGUUUAGAAGUACCACAUACGGCAUCACCUUUCUUUCCUAGACAAAAAAGACUUGAAUUUUCGGUCAACCGUUCACAGUCCUCCGAACAAAAGGUUCAUUCAUUAUGCAAAGCUUCAAUCUUCCGUAAAUGGCUGGUGUUUCUUUUUGGCUCCUUUCCUUUGUUUUAUGUCUCUUUAUCAUAAUUACCUCACAAGCCAGUGCCCAGACAUGUGAUAACAGCAGAGGCAACUACACAAUAAACAGCACCUACCACAACAACCUCAACACCCUCUUAUCCAGUUUCUCUUCCCACACGGAAAUCAACUACGGUUUCUACAAUCUCUCAUAUGGUCAAGGCACAGACAAAGUAUACACCAUUGGACUCUGUACAGGUGAUCAAAACCAGGAUGACUGCCUCAGAUGCCUCAACGUUGCCAGAGGCAAUCUCACACAGCUUUGUCCAAACCAGAAAGAGGCUAUUCACUGGAGAGUAGAGUGCUUGCUACGCUACUCUAACCGCCCCAUAUUUGGCACCGUGCAAAAUGAACCUAUGCAGAUACUCUACUUGAUAACAAACGUAACGGGUUCGGUGGAUCAGUUCAACGCAGUGGUCGAGAGCUGGAUGACGAAUUUAACUCGCAAAGCUGCCUCGGGUGACUCUCGUCGUAAAUAUGCUACGGGCACUACCUUUGCUCCGAAUUUUCAAACCAUAAAUGGUCAAACGCAGUGCACGCCUGAUUUGUCAUCGGAAGAAUGCACUAACUGCUUGAUGGAAUCUAUGGCAUCAAUCAUAGAUUGUUGUAGUGGACAUGCUGGAGGCUCUGUUUUAAAACCCAGUUGUAGAUUUAGAUUUGACCCCUACACUUACUACGGACCAACACUGAGAUUAGACCCAGAUUCACCACCACCGACAAUGGCCCCGCCACCAUCACCGUCUACCAACAAAACUUCUUCUUCACAAUCACAAGCAAGUGCAGGAAAGAGCAAGACAGCACGAACUAUCAUUGCCAUAACAGUCCCAGUUGCUAGUGUUGUUUUAGCGCUUGGUCUUUUCUGCAUUUUUCUAGCAGUGAGGAAGCCAACAAAAAAAAGCGAAAUUAAAAGAGAAGAAGAUAGUCAUGAAGAUGAAAUUACCAUUGAUGAGUCAUUGCAAUUCAAUUUUGACACCAUUCGAGUUGCUACAAAUGAAUUCGAUGAUUCUAAUAAACUUGGAGAAGGCGGGUUUGGAGCGGUUUACAGCGGCCGGCUUUCCAAUGGACAAGUAAUUGCUGUCAAAAGGUUGUCAAGGGAUUCUGGGCAGGGAGAUAUAGAAUUCAAGAGUGAAGUGCUUUUAAUGGCCAAGCUUCAACACCGAAAUUUAGUUAGGCUACUUGGUUUCUGUUUGGAAGGAAGAGAAAGGUUGCUUGUUUAUGAAUAUGUUCCUAAUAAAAGCCUUGAUUGCUUCAUAUUUGAUCCAAUAAAGAAAAAACAAUUGAAUUGGCAAAGGCGGUACAAAAUCAUUGAAGGUAUCGCUCGAGGCAUUCUCUACCUCCACGAGGAUUCUCGAUUACGAAUUAUACAUAGAGACCUCAAAGCAAGUAACAUUCUCUUGGACGAAGAGAUGCAUCCUAAGAUAUCAGAUUUUGGGAUCGCAAGAUUGGUUCAGGUGGAUCAGACACAAGCAUAUACAAAUAAAAUUGUUGGAACCUAUGGAUAUAUGGCACCUGAGUAUGCAAUAUAUGGUCAGUUUUCAGCAAAAUCAGAUGUUUUUAGUUUUGGUGUAUUGGUUCUUGAGAUUGUAAGUGGCCAAAAAAACACUGGUAUUCGUCGUGGGGAGAACGUGGAGGAUCUAUUGAAUUUGGCAUGGCGAAACUGGAAGAAUGGAACAGCUACAAAUAUUGUAGACCCCUCAUUAAACGACGGUUCUCAAAAUGAAAUAAUGAGAUGCAUUCACAUUGCAUUAUUAUGUGUUCAAGAAAAUGUGGCUGCCAGACCAACCAUGGCUUCUAUUGCACUCAUGUUUAAUAGCUAUUCUCUCACUCUCCCGGUGCCUUCAGAACCUGCGUUUGUUGUGGAUAGUAAAACUAGAAGCCUUCCUGACGCAUGGUCAUCAGGGUAUAAUUCAAGGGAAACAAGAUCAACUAAAUCCACAAAUAAAUCAAUUGAAUAUUCAGUAGAUGAUUCUUCAAUUACAGAGCCAUAUCCUCGCUAGAUUUUGAUCAUAAAGGUGAUAGUCAUUUGCUUAUUUGGUUACAAAAAACCCUAAAAUAAAAUACAAUAUCUUGAAAAGUUGUUUAAUUUGUUGGUGUGACGUGAUGUCUGGUUAGUAAACCGUAUAUUCAGACGAAUAAUGUUAUUUUCAUUGUUAAAUUUUACCGUAUUUUUCAUAA